AUGGAGAGAGUAGCUAUAUAUGUUCUUUUACUUUUUUCACUCCACAUUCAGAAAAUCUAUACGGCCAAAAUCGGCAUCAUUUCAGAUCAACAGUUCUUGACAGAAAAAAACACAUUGGUCUCGUCGGCCAGAACCUUUGAACUGGGCUUUUUCAAGCCGGGUAGCUCUGGGAAUGGCUACCUCCUUGGUAUUUGGUAUAAGAAAAUAUCUGUUAAAACGGUAGUUAGGGUGGCCAAAAGAGAUCGCCCACUCACCGUCGCAUCAUCAGGUGUGUUAAAGAUUGUCCAUCCAGGAAGUCUUGUCCUCAUGAGCAAUAAUAGUAUAAUGUGGUCAUCCAACACAACAUCAUCAGGAAAUGCAACUGCAAAGCUUGAUGACUCUGGAAAUUUAGUAGUGAUAGACGGACACAACAAAAGUAUUCUCUGGCAGAGUUUUGAUUAUCCAACUGAUACCUUUUUACCGGGCAUGAAGUUCGGGAGGGACAACUUGACAGGCAGGGAAUGGCAUCUAUCGUCACCGAAAAGCAGUGAAGAUCUAGCUCCAGGUAAAUAUAUCGUAAGCGUAGACACAAAUGGUUAUCCUCAGAUCAUAAUCAAAGACACAAAUGAUAGCCUCAGAUUCAGGGCCGGACCAUGGAAUGGUGUAGGGCUUAGUGGGGCUUUAGCGUUCGACCAGAAGAAUACAUUAAGAUACAAUAUGGUUAUUAGUUGUUGGCAGCGGAAGUUUGUCCUGAACAUCAACAUCAUAUGUAGAACUUGA